AUGGAUUCAAAGUGGUUUUUAAUUGUAUUAGUAGCUUUUUUGGUGAUACUUCCGAAUAUCGUCAGUCCAUAUAGAAAAGGUGUAACCAUUACAAAUGAGGAACCAAAAAUAGAUAUUUAUCAUCUGAAAAAUAGACAAUUUUCAUCAGAUAAAAUAAAUAUUGCUUCACUUUUAUCACAAUCAUAUUCCAAUAUACUUUCACAUUCAAGCAGCUCUAGCUCAUCAUCAUCAUCAUCCUCCUCCUCAUCAUCCUCAUCAUCAUCAUCAUCCUCAUCCUCAUCAAGCAGCUCUAGCUCAUCAUCCUCAUCAUCAUCCUCAUCAUCAAGCUCAAGCUCAUCAUCCAGUUCAAGCUCCUCCACUCAAGCUCCUCCAGUAGCUCAAGUUCAUCAUCAAGCUCAAGCUCCUCCAGCUCUAGUUCUUCAUCAAGUAGCUCAAGCUCAUCCAGUAGCUCAAGUUCGUCCAGCUCGAGUUCCUCAUCAAGCUCAAGCUCAUCCAGUAGCUCAAGCUCAUCCAGUAGCUCAAGCUCAUCCAGUAGCUCAAGCUCAUCCAGUAGCUCAAGCUCAAGCUCAAGCUCAAGCUCUUCCAGCUCGAGUUCCAGUUCUAGUUCUUCAUCAAGUUCUUCAUCAAGUUCAAGUUCAUCUAGUAGCUCAAGCUCGUCAAGCAGCUCAAGCUCUUCAUCUUCAUCCUCAUCAUCUUCAUCCUCAAGCUCAAGCUCAUCAUCCUCAUCAUCCUCAUCAUCCUCAUCAAGCUCCAGCUCCAGCUCCAGCUCAUCAUCAUCCUCAUCAUCAUCAAGCAGUUCAAGCUCCAGCUCAUCAAGCAGCUCAAGCUCCAGCUCAUCAAGCAGUUCAUCAUCAUCAAGCAGCUCAUCAUCUUCGAGCAGCUCAUCUUCAUCAAGCAGCUCAAGCUCAUCAAGCUCAAGCAGCUCAUCAUCCUCAUCGAGCAGCUCUUCAUCCUCUUCCAAUAGCUAUGAAUAAUAUACAAUCUGACUCUAACAACACUACCACCACUACAACCACACCAACCACACUUAACACACACGCAAAUGAUACUACUUUAAUUAGUAACAAUAGUAAUAACAAUAAUAAUAAUAGUAAUAAUAACAGUUGUAGUAACAGUAGUAAUACUUCACCUACUAUAUUUGGUUCUGGGGAAAAUAGUAAUAGUGGUAGUCCUUCGUUGUUUUUGAAUAGUGGUGGAAAUAGUGGUGGUGUUCCGAAUUCACCGUCCACAAAGAGAUCUUCAACCAUUACAAUGGGCACCAACAAAGUGUUGUUUGAUAAAGACGAUCCAUUUAUGUCAAAGACCUACUCGUCUACCACCACACAACUGCUCCAACCAAAGCCCAGCUCUAUAUCACAACCUGUAUCACCAUCCAAUAGUUUCAUAGACAACAAUAUGAUCAAUAAAAUAACUGCUACAUUAUCGCCACCACCACCAACAACAUCGACAUCAACACUGCAAUCCACACACCAGAGUAAACUCGAAAAAGAGCUACUCGACUCACUCUUAAACUUUCCAUCGCCACCCAGAGAUUCACCAUUGACACAAUCACUGCUACCCUCACCAAGAUCUCAAAGCAACAGCAGCAGUAACAGCGGUGGUGGUGGUGGUGGUGGUGGUAGUCAGAUUUGGAAUUUUGCAUCACAUAAACGUGGACCUAGCGAUGUCACUUCUGUCGUUUCUAAUACAACAGUCAUUAUGCACCGAAAGAUGAGUAAUCCAUUAAGUUUGAGUACUUCUGCAAUUCCCGAAGAAGUGAGCACUUCUGAGACCGUUUCCAUACUGACAUCAGCAACAACGACAGACUCAAAUAAUGAUGUAGUCAUUCCAACAACAAAUGAAGUAGCUGCGACAACAGCAACAACAACAACAACAACUACUACAAAUACACCUAUAGUUAGUGGAGGAGGAAGUAGUAAUUCCCCGAAAUUAGUUAUUCCACAGUUGAAUUUGACGUUGGCACCACCACCUCCUACGAAACCAAUGUUGUUCUACGAUGACGAUGAGAGUAGUAGUUCAGAGGAGAACUUCUCAUAUGGCGAUAGUACUUCAGACAGCGAGAGUGAGAGCGACUCUGAACCGAUCAUUGACGAUGUAGAAGACAAAUUGAUUCCAACCAAAGACAUUAGCACACAACUACUAUUGGAUCUGAAUGAGAAGCUAUUGUUACAAAUACUCUCUUACCUCCAUGCUGAGGAUUAUUGUAUACUAUAUAGAAUCUGUAAACAAAUGAAUACCUUUAUCAAUCAGAAUCAAAUACUUUGGAAAGAUUUAACUUUAUACUAUUUGAAAAAAUAUCAAGAUGUAUUCGAUGUAAAUGUUUGGGAUGAAGAGAUGAUUAGUCAGUCGAAUGUAAUGUCAUUGACACCGAUUAUGGGAAUCAGUUCUGGCACAAAAGUAACCAAGGAGAAUACAAAGAUUAGAAGUUCAACACUGUUGUCAAAAGAUCAGAGAAAAUCUGUGCUUGACAUCAAUACUACUGUUGUCGGUAAGAGAACUACCUAUCUGCCGAGUGGAAAGAGUGGUAUGGUUGUUGGUACUAUUUCUUCUGGUAGUUCACUUACACUUGGCGGAGGAGGAGGAAGUGGUGGAGCUAACAAUAAUGGAGGUGGACAGGGUGGUGGAAUGGUGAAUAGUCAGUCGAUGAGUGCACUGUCGUCUUUGAAUGGCGCCAUUGGAAGUCAUGUGAUGAUGAUCAACAGUGCACUGAGAAGAUUGACACCGUUGACCAGUGUUCCACCUACCAACGAGGUGACAGAGUUUAUCGAUAGUUGCCAUACAUUCCCAUUGGAUCUGUUGAUACGCAAACUACUCCAGCGAUACAUGGUGCCUAGAACCUAUCAGAGUCACUACACUGACGUUGAAUGGCGCAAGAUGGUGGAAGUUCCUAUUCAACUGAGAGUCGGUAAACUCCUGAGAAAAGUAGUUGAUCACAAGCAAAUAGAGUUUGAUUAUACAUCGCUUUUGAUCAUAAAGUCGUUCAUCAAAGGUUUCUUGGUACCCACUUCAGAGAUGGCAAGAGGUUUAAAUCAAAGUAUACAAAAGAAGUGUUUAGAUAUCUCAAAGUUAUCAGAAGGAUUGUUGACAAGAAUAUUUAGAUUACUCGAUUUGAAUACAUGUUGUUCAGUAUUAUAUGUUUGUAAGAAAUGGAAUCGAUCGAUGAACAAUGGAAAUCUAUGGGAGCAUCUUUAUAAUCAAUAUAAGAGUAGAUUAUGUGAUGAUGAAGAUUCAAGUAUUAGUAUUUGGGAGGAAAUCAAUCCAGUUAAUUAUUAUAUCGAUAUAAAUGCAUCACUGAAUAUUAGUACACCGAAUCUAUCGUUGUCUCCACUGAAUGUAUCACCGUCGGUCAGUAUCAGUGGAUCCGCGGCUACUUCACCUUCGAUCUCAAUCAGUCCGUACACUCAAUCCUCUAGUUCCUCAUCGAAUGUCAUACCACCAAAGAUAUCGAUUAGUACAGAUGAAAACAAUGACACCGUCAUUGCCAUUGCUAUUGAGGACACUUCCCUUGCCGGUAAGGAAGCUGCUGCGAAGCUGUUGGCGGAUGGCACCACUGGCGGUAAGCACUCGGUGGAUGGCGCCGAACCUGUGGUACCACAACAGGUACCGGUAGUGCUGCUACAAACCAGUGAAAGCGUUGAAUCGAUCGAUGAGAUUCUCAAUAAAGAUGAUAUUCUAAAGUUGGCGUCACCGAACAAGGCGGCACCCGACUCGCCAGGCACACCAAGAAUCAAGUUGGUAACACUGAAUCAACUCGUUGAGAAACUGACUUCGAUCACAACAAUCACAGAUAUAUCAGAGGUGAAUGCCUGUCUUACAACCUACAGAACGUUCACCUCAACGAGUAAGUUGAUAUAUAAACUAUUGGAGCGAUACCACGUUCCGAAACCCAUAGAAGCUGCAUCGAUCUCUAUAGCAGAGUGGAAGAAACGUAUUGAGUAUCCAAUUCAACACAAUGUAUUCAAAGUAUUGAAAAAGUUGAUCGACGAACAAUUUCAUGACUUUAACCAAGCUGUCAUCGAUGUAUUAAAGAUAUUCCUACGUUAUAUAAUAGUAGAUAAUACAUCUUUAACAAACUAUCUAAGAAGAUCUUUCAUAAAGAAAGUAUUAAAAGUAGAUAUACAAUCAAAGAAAUCAUCAUCAUCUUCUUCUUCUUCAUCUUCAAAGUCAUCGAGUGAUUAUAGGAGAAUGACAAAGAUGACUGGAUUGAGAAUGAUGUCGUGGAAACCAGUUCAACCAAGUGAGAUACUGACAAUGCCAGCCGAUGAGAUUGCAAAGCAGUUGACAUUGAUCGAGUUUGAGAUCUACUCAAAGAUUCAGACAUCAGAGUUUCUAAAUCAAGCAUGGGUCAAAGAGAAGACCAAACAUCUAGCAAUGAACAUUCGUGCUGCCAUCGACAGAUUCAAUCAAGUAACUAAAUGGGUAUGCACAGUCAUUGUUAAAGAAGAAAAGAUUAGAACUCGUGCUAAAUAUAUGAGUAAAUUAUUAAAAGUUGCAAAAUGUUUAAGAUCAUAUUCAAACUAUCAUACAUUAAUGGCAAUCUUGUCUGGAUUGAACGAAGCACCUGUAUUCAGAUUGAAGCAUACUUUUGCUGAAAUGAAACCAAAAGUACAAAAGCUAUCUUCUGAAUUACAAGCAAUGAUGACAGUUGAAGGAAAUCAUGAUACAUAUAGAUCAGAGUUGGCAUCAACUGAUCCCAAACAUCCUUGUAUUCCCUAUUUGGGUGUAUUUUUAAAAGAUAUAACAUUUUUCCAAGAAAGUUCCAUUGGUCAACCAACUGAUGGUAUCAAUCUUAAGCAAAGUCAAAAGGUAUAUGGAGUGUUAAAGGUGAUAAGAAAUUUCCAAAAGAAUGCAUAUACAUUCGAGGAAAAUACAAAAUUACGCGAUUGUCUUACUAUUCUACAGGUUUUGGAGGAAGAGGAAUUAUAUAGUUUGUCUUUGUUACGUGAACCAAGAAAUUGUAAAAGAUCUGAUCUUGUCUAG